AUGAUGGACGAUCAACCAGAGCAAGUUUAUGAGAAAAUCAAGAAGAUAUUCGACAACGAUGAGACGGCCAGGCAAAACGUUGAAUUGUUAUGGCGAAUGGCAAAAGCGUGCUUUCUAAGUGGAAAUAAACUGCAGAAGAAGAGCGUGAAAAGAAAACUUUUCAUCUAUGAAGGUAAACUUCAGAAUCGUUGUGCUUCCUAG